AUUCCGCCGGGAAAGCCGUGGUUUCAUUACCUUCAAAUGCCUAUAAAUUAGAAUCCUCACAAUUUCAACUAAAAUAAAUUACUAGAAGAAAAACAAGUAAAAUGAAGUUGGAAGCAUUGAUCUUGGUCUCCCUCGUUCUACUUCUUCCUGUUUUUGCCCAAAUAAAAGGUGAUGAGCCAUUGCACACCGACACUUUUAUCGGCCACGGCGGAGGUGGUGGCGCUGGCGUCGGCGGUGCUGGAAGCGGCGGAAUUGGAGGGUUCGGCCACGGCGGAGGAAAUGGUGGAAAUGUGGGAAGUGGUCAUUAUUACGGAGGAAAGUUAUGCAAAUGGGGAUGUUGUGGUAAAUCAUUUGGUUAUAGCCAUGCUGGAGGCGUUUCUUAUAGUUGCACUUGCUGCGCUACUUUUGCUCAGGCCAAAGCCUAUCGAGGAAAGAAAUCCCACCCUAAUUGAGAAUUAUUUAUUUAGUUCUUGUGCUGUUGUAUGAAUUGUGACAAUUAUGAUUCAAUAAAUCUGCUUCUUUUUACCAA